UGUUAUGUGAUAUUCCGUGCAGGCUUUCCUUAGAAAAAAUGAAAAGCGGCAGCAGAUUGUUAAAAGUUCUUUUACAAGCUUCAGAGAAGGCAGCAAACAUUGCCAGAACUUGCCGCCAGAAGGAAGCUCUCUUUCAAUUGUUAGUACAAGAAAAAUCUUUGGAAGAAAAGAAUCCUCGUUUUUUCCAGGAUUUCAAAACUUUAGCCGAUGUUCUCAUUCAGGAAACUAUCAGACAUGACAUAGAAAUUGAAUUUCCAGAAUUGGCUAAGUUGGUGCAAGGUGAAGAGACUAAUGUGUUUAGCAAUACCUUGGGGGAAUCUAUUAUCGUUGAAGUCUGCUCAUGCAGCAAAGAUACAACACAACUGCUGACGAAAGUUAUGGGUAAUGAUGUUGUGGCAGCAGAGCUGCUUGCUGCUGAAGUCCAUAAAGACGUUCAGCUUUCAAAUGUGCCAAUCACAUUAGACAUCCCCAAUGAUUUUGACGUCAAUGUGGACGACCUUGGUAUUUGGAUAGAUCCAAUCGAUUCAACAGCAGAUUACAUAAGCGCAACGGAGACAGUGGACGAGGAGACUGGUUUAUAUUUGAGCGGAUUACGUUGCGUCACUGUAUUAAUUGGAGCAUACAAGAAAAGUACAGGAGUACCAGUUUUGGGUGUAGUUAAUCAACCUUUUUGCGUCAAUACGGAUUCACAGUGGAUGGGAAAAUGUUACUGGGGUUUUCUGGGAGGUGGCAUCGCCAAGUCUUCCAUAAGUAACACGUGUAAUGCUGAUAAAAUCAUUUUACUCAGUCGCUUCGAAGAUGCAGAUGUGAAAUCAAAAUUAUUAAACAACGGAUUCAAAUUGUUGGAGGUAACUGGAGCAGGAUACAAAAUACUGAGCGUCGCUGUUGGACAAGCGGCUGCUUACAUUUUGUCGAAGGGUUCCACUUACAAGUGGGACACGUGUGGACCACAAGCUCUUCUAUCAUCAGUUGGCGGAGGCAUCAUCGAAUUCAAAGAAUUUAUCGUGCAUCCAGAUUCGGAUAAUUUAAGCGUGAAUUAUUACCUAUGCACAAAUUUCUCUAAUCGUGGAGGCUUGAUAGCAUACAGAGAUCCUCAAAUUUUGGAAACUUUAAAUGUUUUUAUGUAAAUCAUCUC